AUGCUAGGCGACCCUGCCGGGGAUGGUGUGGAGGAGGACACAGCCCGGGCGGCAGAGCCGGAGAUCAAGAUCUCCAUCGUGCGCGUGAAAGCGCAGCCUAGGAAACACAAGGUCAUCUCCUAUGGCUACCGGAAGCUGGUUGAUGGUGAAGUACCGGAGAUGUACCGCUUCCAGUAUCUGCCUGACCCGGAUCUACCAGAGGAUCUCCACCCAGGCUUGCAGGGUGACCUCAUGGCUCCUCGAUCCACGAGGAGGUACACAACACUGGAGGCCCUGGCUUUGCAUGAGUCUGUUUCACCCGACCGCUGGUGCGUGACCCGCGCAGACCUGAAGUACCUGCGGCAAGAGGUGUGGACAGCCAUCCAGGCUGGCGAGAUUCAACCCAAAGGCUGCGAUGAGGAGACGGAGUGUUUUGACGAGCUCUAUGGGCCCAGCAUCUACACGGUGACUCAGCAGCACAUCAUGCCCGUGACGGAGCAGGCCGGCAAGGUGAGCUGGGCUCUGAUGAGACACCCGAACGGAUUGGACUGCGAUGUUUUCAUCAGCCAUGCCUGGCAGGAAGGUGUGUUUGAGUUCCUGGCAAAGGUGCUGCACUCCUGGCCCACGCGAGCAAGACACGCCUGGUGCUGCAUGCUGGCCAACCCACAGAACCUGGACAUCGGUGCCCUGCUGCAGUCUCCCAGCAGCUCCCCGUUUGCGCUGGCUCUCCGGGUCUCGAAGUACGUCCUCGUCGUGCCGAACCGCCAUCGCAGCAUUUACACCAGGCUGUGGUGUGGGUAUGAAGCCUACCGGGCUCAUGAGGAGGGUAAAACCAUCUUGGUGGCGCAAGCUUCGGGGGGAACACAGAUCAGAGCCGCUCUAACAUGGGCGAUUCUAGCAGGACUCGUGGGAAUGCUGUGGGGCGCUGGCAUGAAGCGGUGGCAUGUCGACAUCAGCCCGGCCCUGCUGUGGAUUGUCUUGGUGGCAGCAUGGUCUAGUGUCAUUGCGAUGGACAACACGUGUCGUAUGACAGUGAACGGAAUUGGGUCCUUGGUAUGUGGCUCGCUAUUCUUUCAAUGGCAUACGGUUCGCGGACAAUAUGAUUUUGAGGGGUUCGCUUGUCACAUGCCCUAUGUGGAGCAGCGAAUUAUCAUUCUGAUAAUGGCAGGCUUCUUCUUACUGCAGGAGUUCGACCGUGCCAACGGUCUCGCCACAAAGCAGGAGGCGCUGCAACUCAGCCGUGGUUAUCAAGGCACCAUCGAACGUGCAGCUUGCUCGCAGGCAGCUGAUGCGAUGCGGAUUUUUGAGGAGAUUGGCCAGAAGACGGCUGCUGUGGACUAUGCCAUCCAUGUCUUGCUGAAGGCAGGGAUGUCGUCACCGACCCUUCGGCAGGUUGCAAGCAAAGGUGUGGACAUUCAACACGCGGGCUCUGCCGAAGUUGCAGUUCCCUUCAUAGCCUUCACGACCACCCUGCUUACACUUAUCCGAAUUUGCUUUGACACUCUCCUCCUCCAUCUGGCAUGGCACAACACUCUUCUCCAGUUCAUCAGCUUCAUUUCCCGACCUGCUCUGCUGGUGAUACUCUGCCGGAGUCCUGUGGAUGAACGAUGCUUCAUCCUGAAGAUGAUGACGAAGCUCGUUCUUCUCUAUCUCAUGAUCGCCUGCCCCCUCGUGGUCUUCUGGGAGACGAGGGCCGCGGAGAUGCGGAUGCCAAGCCGCGCGUGGUUUGCCCUGCCUGCAACCAUCUACAGCGUCAUCUUCUUCUUCGCGUGCCUCGGUAUGCGGCGGCUCGUAGCGAUUCCAGCUAUCGGACCUGGUCUCUUGCAGCUCUUUCUGGCUCGAGGCAGCAGCCUUAUCCCAGGCGACCUGCGGUGUUGCCGGAGUGGCACAGCGGAGUCCGAGGCGACAGGCGACUCGAGUUCUCACAGCUCGCUUUCAGCGAAUGAGGCGGACGAGCCAUAG